GCAGUGGCGCACAGUUUGUACGUCACACGGUGGCGCGCUGAGGGUCUACUUUGUUGAUAAUUGGUACAGAUGGGCUGCUGCUCUUAAAAAGUUGCCUUUAAUUCUGACUUCAUAGUGCUCUAAAUAUAUGAAGCGGCAACAAAAGGCAUUAAAAUGUGGAUACUGACCCCCCUGGAGCCUGGAGGUGAAACCCACUAUCUGCUCUCCAGUAAAGAGUUUGUGGUGGGGCGCAAGAACUGUGACAUCCUCCUGCCCAGCGACCAGUCCAUCAGCAGGGCUCACGCUCACCUCACCACCACUGACCAGACCCUGACUAUAAAAGACACCUCCAAGUACGGCUCAUUCGUCAACAACCAGCGCGUCCCAGAGAACACAUCAGUGAGCCUGAAUUCAGGAGACAAUGUAACUUUUGGGGUUUUUCAGAGCAAAUACAGGGUGGAGCAUCAGAAGCCGGUGGUGUGUUCGUCGUGUUUGGACAAUGACGGCAAGGCGUCGCUCUCUCAGGCCCUGUUGGCUCUGGGUGGGAAGCUGGUCAACAGCUGGACUCAGGACUGCACCCACCUGGCCAUGCCCUCUGUUAAAGUCACCAUCAAGACUAUUUCUGCUCUGCUGUGCUGUCGUCCCAUCGUGAAGCCUGAGUUCUUCUCAGAGCUCAGCAAAGCCGCUCAGCAAAAAUUACCCCCUCCGAAAGCUGAGAGUUUCAUUCCUGAGAUCGAUGAGCCCAGCUUGAGAAAAGAGGAUGUUAACCUUGGAACGAUUCCACUUCGUAAACAGCUUUUCACCGGAAAGACCUUCAUAUUCCUCAGUGCCAAACAACUCCGGCGCCUGACUGCAGCAGUGAGUUUUGGAGGUGGCAGGAGCCAGCAGCUGGAGGAGGGCUCUCUGCCCCGGGACCUGCUGGAGUCUCCACAGAGCUGCGUGAUCGACGUUUCGACAGGCAGCACUCAAUCUCUGCUUCCUUCCACAGCCACAGAGUGGGCAAACUCUGUCAAGAACAUUGUUCAAAGAAAAAGCCUCCGAGUCAUCACAGAGUCUGAAAUCGGUUUGGCUGCCAUCUACGCUUCCUGUGACAAGUACUGCAAUCCAUCCUGUCUAACACCAGACUCAGAGUCGGCACCAAAAGUGGAGCCCAGAAUCCCGAGUGCUUCGCUGUCACAGAGCAUGGCGGUGGAUGAGACGGUGUUACCUGCAGCAUCUCAGAACAUCACAGCUUAUGCAGUAAACACGGAGCAAUCACUGGGAACGGCGCUGAGUGAAGUCACAGGGAUGACGGCGGUAGGGGAGACGCCCGAGAAGAAGCAGAACCAGACGGCUAGUCAGCUCCGUGGAUUCAAACCCGCAGCUCAGAAGAUUGAAUGCGUCGUGUCUGAUACAAUGAAAUCAUCGUUCAACACUGUAGAGAACACAGACUCACAGAGGAAGAAGCCUGAGUCCAAACUGACAGUUUCAGGUGCAGGCAACAGGUCCCAGCCAUCGUUUCCCAGGAACAAUAGUGGUACAAAGACUUUCUACCAGAAACAAUCUCCUCAGAAACAAAAAAACUCUCCACAGGCGUCCCCACAGAAACAAUCCACUCUGACCAGUUUCUUUCAAGCGGUCAACAAGAAAAGGCCGAUGGAGGACGAGCUCUCUGCUGUCACGUCGGAGCCAAAACGGCCUGUACUGGAAUCAUCCUUCAGCAUGCAGGCACCAAACACGCCAGCCACGGUUAAAGAAACGUCCUCACGUUCACACAGAGUCUCUGCAGCUUCACCACUGGGGUCAGCAGCUGAUCUGUUCGAGGCUCAGUCAGACACGGUCUCCAACACUGUCCAGGAGGAGCCACGGAGUAGAAAGAGGAAGGAGAUGGAGGAAGAGAUACCGAUGGAUGAGCUGGAGUCUCUUAUGUCUGAGGAUAUCGACUUUGACGAGCCAACCCCAAGUUACAAAAGCCAGCCGGCACAGCUUAAAAUUAGCAGUACAACUGAACAGAAACAAGGUUUGAAUAGUGUAGAGGCUUCUAGCAAGAGGCAGCGGGUCCACCAAGAAAAUGCAGAGAACCAGAGGCCACAGGUGGGCCUGGAAAAAGCAUCAGGUUCCUUUAAGAACCAGAACUUUGACCGGCCCAUUGUCUCCAUCAAGACAGAGCCUUUAGAAUACAGGACAACUAACCACGAGUCCAGCAAACCGCCACCGGUGUCGUCUGCCAGUAAAAGUAAAAAAAACCUCGAGCCUUUUGAAGAUGAUGAGGAGGGUUUCAUUGAGGAUUUAGAACUACUCAAAGCUGAAAUGAGCCAGCCGAAAGAAGAGACUAAGACCUCUCUGAAACCAGUUACAGUCAAGCAGGAGGUCCAAGAGUCGAAUAUUGAUGAAGACCUUCCUAAAAAGCUGGUGUUGGUGGAGUUUAGGUCUCUCACUGUGACCGCUCCCCCCAAAACCAAACCACAGAGGAUGCAGAACGGCUGCGCAAAGAACUUCAAACGUUUCCGCAAGAUCUCCAUACCAGGUGCAGAGGACUCAGCCCACAUCAUCAGAGGGUCUGAUCUACUGGUUCACAACAGGGGCAAAAACACCGAUCUGGAUGAAUGGCUGAAAGAUGCAGCUGAGGAGGAGCGUCAGAGCAGGCGGGACGAGAGUGCUGGAGAUGACCUCUUUAGGUACAACCCCACCAAACUAACCAGGAGAAGAUAAAAUGCCUUCAUGUUGACGUCCUGCAGAGGGAACUUAUGUAUGGAAGUACGUCAAACUCCACCAACACCGUAAACCAA